CUUAAUUAGGUCGUAACGCGUGGCAUCGACAUUAAAUGGUUCAAACCAUCUAAGAACCCCCAACGGCGCACUCACUGCUGGCAAUACUUUUCCAUUUACAAAGAUACCCCACGACUGGACUUCAAUCAGAGACUUUCCUUCUCUACAAACACUACCCUUCGACGACAAGUCCUCAACAACAACAACAGUUCGAACAUGACUAUCUCUGAUCGUAUGAACAAUGUCAACUACCGCCUUUUGGUUUACCUUUUACUUAUACCAAUUCUCCUCUUCUAUACGUUGUGUCUUACCGGUUGUGUAUCAAACUCGCCAGGAAUCCCAAACAUCUUUGCAGCAAAGAUAGAAGGGAGGAAUAGUACAGUGUCAACAAUUUCUGCAAUACGUGUAAACUACUUUGGCAUCUGCGCCUCCAUAUCAAAUAAGCUGUUUUGCCAAUCCAGCUCUGGCAAGACAGCCGGCGCCCUUCUCAACUCUAUUCUCAACAGCAACGCCAACGUAACAAGUACAACGAUUUCAGCAGCCCUAGUGUCUCUCGCCUUCACAAUCCAGUCAAAGAUCAUUCUUUACCUCCUCGCAGCCGCCGGCGUUGUGUUCUUCAUCAGCCUAAUCCUAUUAGCGCUAUUAAAAUGACACCUAAAAGCACCCCUAAAGAACAACUUAACUGCAGAGAACCGCAGGCAGUUAUUAAGACGUGCCUCGCUUGCAUUGAUGUGGUUAUCAGUCGGGCUGGCUUUGGCAUCGGUAAUUGCAGUCAGCCAGGCUACGGGUGCGAUGGAGUUUAUUACCCAGAACGAGGCCGUAUCAAGCUUCCGCAUCACAGCUGGGAAGACUUUGAGUGUUUUUCAGUGGAUCAUCUUCUCAUU